GAAUGCCGUCACCAAGGUAAAAUCGUCCGUGGUGCCUGUCAGCUUCUUGCAACAACAUCCCAUAUUCGCUCAAAUAUUCGCUGUCUCCGAAUUUGGUCUUGUUGCGCCAAGUUUCACGCAUACCUCCGCCUCAGUGCUCAAACGGUAGCUGACACAUUACGCUCGUUCAUCCGGGCUGAGCGGGCUCUUGAGUCUUGGUUCUCUCGACCACACCACCUUCUCUCUUCACUCACACCCUCCCGACACCACCCACCCUCCAUAUCCGCACCACCCGCCACUGUCGCACGCUACCCAGCUUCUCCACAGCAUCUCAUCUGCAAACAUGUCCAACCGUGAGGAACCUCCAUAUGAUCCCUACAUUCCCAACAGCGGCCAGCAGAGCGGCCCGCCGGGCGGCCAGCAGAACGGUAAUCACCGCACCGCGGCACUUCAAGCUGAAAUCGACAGCACCGUCGGCAUCAUGCGCGACAACAUCAACAAGGUCUCUGAGCGUGGAGCUCGCCUAGAUUCGCUGCAGGACAAGACGGACAACCUUGCUGUCUCUGCCCAAGGUUUCCGAAGGGGCGCCAACCGUGUGCGCAAGCAGAUGUGGUGGAAGGAUAUGAAGAUGCGCAUGUGCCUGAUUGUCGGCAUCAUCAUCCUGCUGAUUGUCAUCAUUGUCCCUUCGGUCGUAGCCACGCAAAAGAAAUAAGCCCUCCCUAUAUGAGAUACCACGAAUUACACACAUUAAUAAUGGCACGGAAUGAAGCGAGUCUGUAGGGGGAGAGCCACUGGUGAAGGGGGCGAGUGGCUACGAGUUGCACUAUGAUCAACGACAUCCGUCUCUGUAGGAUCUAUCUUUAGGCGAAUAGGGAGCGAUGGGUCGAAUUUCUUUCUUGUCUUUGUUUGCACUCGCAUGGCUGUGCCGCAAUCCUGUAAAGCACGAUUUGCAUGGAACGGGCCGCUCCUGCUGCGAAGUCUGGUGAGGCUAGUUCCACGCAUGAUGGCCAGAUGAGCAAAUGGAGUUUUGUUGUUAUAUGUACAUGCACGGAAGCGUGUCGACAUGUGUGACUGUGAUGAUGAUUGUGAGGAAGCCAGGAGCAGCAUCCGAG